UAUUUUAAUCCAAUAUAUCUUUAUUUUGUAACAUUAGCACUAUUAUAUUAAUAUAUUUAUAAUUGCAAUGCAAAGCACUCAUUUUAAUUGGCAAGAUUUGGAUGAUGCAAAAAUGAAUGCCAAAUUUGAAGAAUUAUUUGCUAUGAAAACUGAAAUUGAAGAAAAAUCCAAACGUUUGGGCAUUUUUGGGGGACAAGCAAGUAAUAGAAGUUUCGGUAGUGUCAGCUAUUUGUCUCUCGGUAGUGAAAGUGCGCGGUCUGCUUUAUAUGACACCGAUUCUACAAAUCGUACCAACAUUAGCACGUUCACCGAAUACACAAACUAUUAUGCUAAACGUCGAGGACCUAAGAAAAGAUUUUCUGAAAAUUCUUUAGAUGAUCAAUCACAGAAGUCUUUUAGAUUUCAAUAUACAAAUGAUAAACAGUUAGAAAAAGAUCGGAUAGAACGCAUACGCAAAGGUUUAAUUCCUGAAAAAUAUCUUAAUCGCAGUACGCAGACUGUAAGUUUUAAGGCCUUAGUGCCAGAAUUGGUGCAUGUUCACAAAGACAAAAUAUUGAAACUGAUGGAAAACACACAUGUACCUAAAGCGAAUUUUGAGGAUUAUGUAAAGAAAGAAAUCAAGCAAUCUAGGGUAAAGAAGAUCACACAACAUAAAAUACUCAAUACCCGUGGUACGCAGACACGGAAUUUUUUAAUUUUCCAAAAUAAAGAAGAAAAAAAGGUCCUCAUAUUAUUAAAAAAUUUGACGGAUAUUACAUACCUGAAGCAGAAAGCUAAUGAGUAUUUAAAAGAAGUUAUAAUAUUCUUGAAGCCAGCUUUUACUAAGGAAGGGAUGAGGAAGUUUGUAGAGGUUACGAUGCAGGGUAUGAUAGUGUUUGGUGCCUGGUAUCUUUUCUCAAACAAUUUGUAUUAUUGUAUCAGAAAAGCACUCAGUUCAUGUUCUUUUCAAACACCUAGAACACAAUCACAGUGGCAAUUAUUUUAAAAAAUUAAUUUGAAUAAUCUUUGCCUAUGAGCCUUCAUAUCAAUAUAAAAGCUUAUUUAAAAUAUUUAGAAACAUGUGUAUUAAUAAUGUU